AUGUGCUGGGCUGGAGUUUUAGUUUUGGGAGUUUGUGUCUUAACAGCACACUCUGCAGUACUUAGGACGAAAGAUGCUACGUUUAGCCGAAUAGCAAGAUCACCACACUAUGGGUCAAGUUACCACCAUGAUGACUUCGAUCUAUCGCCACCGCCCCACGGGCCUCCAUCCCCACCGAUAGUAUAUCAUACGCAAAACUGGAGUGGAGUUGCAAAAGGCAUUGGUGGUACUCCCCAAGGAGUAUUUAGUGGAGCAGCAGCAUCUGCCCAGAGUGGUGCUCCUACGGACAGUGAAGCUUUUUCAAUAGCAGCAUCCGGAACUGUGCCAGUACCCUCAGAUGACGAAGGCCAAGUUAAAGAAAAUGUAGGAAAAUCAGAUAUCGGUAGCCAUUCAAAAUACGGUAGUUCCGAAGGCCAUCACAGUGCUGGAUCCUUAGGAAACAAGUAUGGCGGUUACAGUAGCUCAGGUGAAGGACAGUAUAAUAUUAAAUCCUCUGGAUUAGAAUUUGGAGGUGGGGUAACUGGAAGCGGAUCAGAGGGAUCUGAAAAAUCAGGUCAAUACAGUGCUGGUAGUUCAGGAUUCAAUACAAACUUAGCCGGAGGUAUAUCCGCUGGUCAUGGCAAUCCUACAGGACAGUCUAAUGUAGGAGCCUAUUCCCGGCAAUCCGAACAGCGAAGCUUUAAUUCUGGUCUCGAUCGACCGUCUUUCGGUAGCGGUAGACCAACAUACGGCAGACAAAACGGUCAAUAUGGCUCUAGCAAAGGAUUUGAUGUAAUAGAGAGUGGAAGCAAAUUUGGCUCUGGAUCUUUAACAGGCGGUUAUUCUGCUGGAAGUGCAGCAACAGAUUAUAGCAGUCAAUUACAAACAUCAAACAAAGGGAGAUUAGCUGGUUUUAACGGUCAGUCUGGUCAAUAUGACACUGCAACUUCAGGUUUUGGUAGCAAGUCUGAAUCUGCAGGUUCCGCUCAUCAAUUUGGACCGCUUACUGGACAAUCUUCAGGGUCGGGCUACCAACCAGGAGGUUAUGCAGGAUUCGAUAGACACGGUGAAAAUAAUGAAGCUAGGAGAGAAUUCGUGAGCCACGGCGGUUAUGGAAGCCCUCACUCUGAUCACCACGAUGAAAUUAAUAGACACGGCAAGAGCCACCAAGGUUUCCAGCACUUUGAUCAUAGCGGUGAUGGUAAAUUUGGUAACCGAGGAGAUGCUAGCCAAGGCUUCAGUGAAAAUGGACAAGUUCGUGGAUUCAGCAAUUCCCAGAGCUCAUCUUUCGGAAGCAAUAGAGGUAAUUUUGGAUCUGGAUUAGGUGGUUCUGAAGUGGGUUAUUCUGGUAGUCAAGGACAAGUAGAAUCUAGCAAAUUGGGAGCAGGUUUAAUCGCAAGUCAAGGUGGCGCACAAGAUUUUUCUGGCACACAGCAUUUAAAAAAAUUAGGCCAGUUGGAAACAAGUUUGGGUACGAGCCAAGCAGGUCACAGUGGUCUCUCAGGAAUACAGAGUCAAUCGAGAUCCGAUGCCUCUGGAUUAGGUUACAAUAAAGAUUCUGGAAGUUCGAAUACAGGAAAUAACGGAGCCUUAGACGCUGGCAAUGGAAAUAGUGGUACUUCUUCAGCCGAGGGAUCUUUCUCAGGCGGCACCGGUGCACCAGUCCAAGAAGAUAUACAGUCCACUCUAGGUAGCGCUCUAAAUCUUGCUUCUCAAGGUCUACAGACAGCUCAACGUACUCCUUGUAGGACAUGUGAUAAAGGCAGCUACGCUUUCAGCAAUGCUAAGAGUCACAGCGGCUCAGCCAUUGCACUUUCUAUCGGAGGUUAGUUAGUGUACUGACAAAGUAAUACUCUUUAUGUGACCCUGUUUCGCUUU